GGGGAGGCAGCCCGGAGCGCUCUGAAGUGAGGACACUGCACACACUGCCACCCCCCAAAAGAGCCCGGCGACGACUGGGCUCCCUUGAAUGGGCAGGGACCCGCCUCGACUUCCAAGCAGCGGGCGGCUGGGGCGAGGCGGCCGCGGCGGUUCCCUCAGUCCCGGCCCCUCUCAAGCCUGAGGAGCCGAGGGCCGGGGGCUCUGCAGAAAGGAGUCCCCCUCUACUCGGGGAGGGAACCCCGCCGCCAACAGCGAGAUUUGGGGCUGAGGAAGGGACUCCUCCUUCGGCCCCUUUUGAGAAAAGGCGCCUCAGGGCCAGAAUCAGCUGCCCCCCCGACCCCCCUUUGUUGAGCUCAAUUUGAAGGGGAGGGAAGAGAGGGGAGAACGGGUUUGGAUCAGUUCACCCCACCUCACUUGAGUGGCUUUCAUUUAGAUUUUUUGCAGGGGGGGAGGUAGAAACGUGCCUGGAUGUUUAUUUGGGGGGAGGUGAACAAAAUUAGGUGGGCUUGAUCGUGUCCUUAGGGAGGAGUCGGGGGUCACCCUUCCCUAUUCCCUGCCAACCCCCAGCGGGGCAUCUGGCCUGCCCUUGAGCACCUUUCUUUGAUUUGAACUUUUUGUGUAAGGUGCUGGUCCCCGGUCCCCUCAUCAGUCUGGUCUGAGAGGGGCGGAGAAGGGGGGCUGGUUUUCUCCAGGGCGACACAUGGGGUUUUCAGGCUGGUAGGAGGGAUUCGGGGAGGUUGGGGAGGGGAUGACCCCGGGAAAUCUCAAGUGUCGAGGGUUUUGAACUUUUGACAAGGGGAGGAGCCCGCGUGGUGUGUGUGAGAGAGAGAACCAAGGGCUCCAAAGGCGCUAGAGGAAGGUCUUUCAAGCAAUCUAGUUCCAACCACCAACAGCACCAGAAAACCACCCGUUUAUAUUCAAAGGGGAAAAGGAAAAGGAAAGUUGGGCAAAAUCAAAAAUCUAAGCAAGAUUAAAGGAGCCCCACACGUUUUAAGGAAAACAGGUCGAGGACCCGGAUCCAGGAUGAGUGCGGCCGGAUCUUCACACCUGGGCAUGUUUACAGAAAGCGAGCUGAUGUCCGUGGGCAUGGACACAUUCAUCCACCGGAUCGACUCCACCGAGGUCAUCUAUCAGCCACGCCGCAAAAGGGCUAAACUCAUAGGCAAAUACCUAAUGGGGGACCUCCUGGGUGAAGGAUCUUAUGGCAAAGUGAAGGAGAUGCUGGACUCGGAAACCCUCUGCAGGAGAGCAGUCAAAAUCCUCAAGAAAAAGAAGCUCCGGCGAAUCCCCAAUGGGGAGGCCAACGUGAAAAAGGAAAUUGAACUCCUGAGAAGAUUACGGCACAAAAACGUCAUCCAGCUGGUAGAUGUAUUAUAUAACGAGGAGAAGCAGAAAAUGUAUAUGGUGAUGGAAUACUGUGUAUGUGGAAUGCAGGAGAUGCUUGACAGUGUGCCUGAGAAAAAGUUUCCGGUCUUUCAGGCUCACGGGUAUUUUUGCCAGCUAAUCGAUGGACUAGAGUACUUGCAUAGCCAGGGUAUCGUCCACAAGGAUAUCAAGCCAGGGAACCUCCUGCUCACAACCGAUGGGACGCUGAAGAUCUCUGACUUAGGGGUAGCAGAGGCGUUGCACCCGUUCGCAGAGGAUGACACAUGCCGAACGAGCCAAGGGUCACCAGCAUUUCAGCCGCCCGAGAUAGCCAAUGGCCUCGACACUUUUUCGGGCUUCAAAGUGGACAUCUGGUCCGCCGGGGUCACGCUAUACAAUAUCACGACUGGUCUGUACCCCUUUGAAGGUGAUAACAUCUACAAAUUAUUUGAAAACAUUGGCAAGGGGGAAUACACGAUUCCCGAAGAUUGUGGCCCUCCACUCUCCGACCUGUUGAAAGGGAUGCUUGAGUACGAACCAGCCAAGAGGUUUUCAAUACAGCAGAUACGGCAGCACAACUGGUUCCGUAAGAAACAUCCUCAGGGGGAGCCUCUGGUCCCCAUCCCUCCCGGCCCAGAAACCAAGGACCGGUGGCGGAGCAUGACAGUGGUGCCUUACCUGGAGGAUCUGCAUGGCUAUAAUGAGGACGAGGACGACGAACCCUUGGACAUGGAAGAGGAUGUCAUCUAUACUCAGGACUUCACAGUCCCAGGACAGGUGCCUGAUGAAGAGCCUGGUCAGAAUGGACCGGGCCCCGGAAGUAGCCAGGAACCGCCCAAGCCGGUGUGCAUGAACGGCACGGAGACCGCCCAGCUGAGCACCAAAUCGAAAGCCGAGCGCAGGGCCAGCGCCUCCUCCAACCCCUCCCGCAAGGCCACCUCUGCCAGCAGCAAGAUCCGCCGGCUCUCGGCCUGCAAGCAGCAGUGACCCCCUCCUGGGGCGGAGGGAGGGGGGCUGCCGCCCUUACGGGCCGGCGCAGCGUUCUUGGACGUUCCCAGUGUGUCUCGCCACCAGCUGAUGCAAGAUGACCCGGGAAAUAUCCCCCACCCCCUUCACCCAAUUCACUCCGGUCGCCGGGGGACCGCCGGCCAACAGUUCCGGGCCACAAAGAGGAGGGAGACUUGCAGUCAGGCACCCAAUGUUCCCUUUGGCCGAUUGCCACCGAUUUCAUUUUUAAGUUCACGACUGGGCACUGCCCCUUUCUCCCUCUGCAUCCCCCACCCCCGGAGCGCGGGGGGCAGACAGAGCGAACCAGGGCGGGCAGCCCUCCCGCUCCUUUCCUGGCCGCGGAAAACUUUUUUGUGCAAAGCCAUCUCAAUGCACUUUAUGUUUUAGACUACUGGUAUCUCUUUUGGGUUUUGUUUUUACUUUGCAAUAUAUUAGAGACUUUUCUCCACAUCGUUAUGUGUUUCAAACAGACCACAACCCCACAAAAAGCGACAGGUAUUAAAAAAAAAAAAACUUCCUAUUAAACUACGUUGCAUGGUGUACAGGGCUGAGCAAGGGGUAGAGGGGAGAGGUGCCCAGGGCCUGGAAUUAUUUUCUUUUUCUCUCCUUUUUUUUUUUUUUUUAAUUAAAA